UUAGCGCUCAGAUCCCGCCUACUGCUGCAAUACUUCCGGAUUCUACCUCGUCCGCCUUUCCUCUUCCGCUGACGUCUGAGGUCAAAGGCCACGGCCAAGAUGUCGGGGGACGGUAUCUUUGAGCGGUUGCAGAGCCGGGCAUCUCUGUGACAGAAUCCUGGCCCAGGCGCUUUCUAGGAGCCUGGUGGAGGGAGCGAAUCUGAGGCUGCCGCGGUCGGGCGGGUCUGGGCGCCGACGGCGUCCCGGCCGCGGGGCGUGGCUGGUGGCGGCCGAGCGGGAGCUGGGGCUGUGAGGUCCCCGAGACGAAUAAUGCCCCGCAGCCCCCCGGGACGCGGGGAAGCCAGGCUCCGCGGGACCGCUUCAUGCCGCCGACUGGUUUAGAGCCCGCCAGAAUGAACAGGAAGAAAGGAGACAAGGGCUUUGAAAGCCCACGGCCAUAUAAAUUAACUCAUCAGGUCGUCUGCAUAAACAACAUAAACUUCCAGAGAAAAUCUGUUGUGGGAUUUGUGGAACUGACUAUAUUUCCCACAGUUGCAAACUUGAAUAGAAUUAAAUUGAGCAGCAAACAGUGUAGAAUAUACCGAGUAAGGGUCAACGAUUUAGAGGCUGCUUUUAUUUAUAAUGAUCCAACCUUGGAAGUUUGCCACAGUGAAUCAAAACAGAGAAAUCUCAACUAUUUUUCCAAUGCUUAUGCAGCUGCAGUUAGUGCUGUGGAUCCUGACGCAGGAAAUGGAGAACUUUGCAUUAAGGUUCCAUCAGAGCUAUGGAAACAUGUUGAUGAGUUAAAGGUCCUAAAGAUACACAUCAAUUUUUCUUUGGAUCAGCCAAAAGGAGGUCUUCAUUUUGUAGUACCCAGUGUAGAGGGAAGUAUGGCAGAGAGAGGUGCUCAUGUUUUCUCUUGUGGGUAUCAAAAUUCUACAAGAUUUUGGUUCCCUUGUGUUGAUUCAUACUCUGAAUUGUGUACAUGGAAAUUAGAAUUCACAGUGGAUGCAGCCAUGGUGGCUGUUUCCAAUGGAGAUUUGGUGGAAACAGUAUAUACCCAUGAUAUGAGGAAAAAGACCUUCCAUUACAUGCUUACCAUUCCUACAGCAGCGUCAAAUAUCUCUUUGGCCAUUGGACCAUUUGAAAUACUUGUAGAUCCAUAUAUGCAUGAAGUUACUCAUUUUUGUUUACCCCAACUUCUUCCAUUGCUGAAACAUACCACAUCAUACCUUCAUGAAGUCUUUGAAUUUUAUGAAGAAAUUCUUACAUGUCGAUAUCCAUACUCCUGUUUUAAGACUGUAUUCAUUGAUGAGGCUUAUGUUGAAGUGGCUGCUUAUGCUUCCAUGAGCAUUUUUAGCACAAAUCUUUUACACAGUGCUAUGAUUAUAGAUGAGACACCUUUGACUAGAAGAUGUUUAGCCCAGUCCUUGGCCCAGCAAUUUUUUGGCUGUUUCAUAUCCAGAAUGUCUUGGUCUGAUGAAUGGGUAUUGAAGGGAAUUUCAGGCUAUAUUUAUGGACUUUGGAUGAAAAAAACUUUUGGUGUUAAUGAAUAUCGCCAUUGGAUUAAAGAGGAGCUAGACAAAAUAGUGGCAUAUGAACUAAAAACUGGUGGAGUUUUACUACAUCCUAUAUUCGGUGGAGGAAAAGAGAAGGAUAAUCCAGCUUCCCAUCUACAUUUUUCAAUAAAGCAUCCACAUACACUUUCUUGGGAAUACUACACUAUGUUUCAGUGUAAAGCUCACCUUGUGAUGAGACUGAUUGAAAAUAGAAUCAGUAUGGAAUUUAUGCUACAAGUUUUCAAUAAACUGCUAAGUCUGGCUAGUACUGCUUCAUCACAGAAGUUCCAGUCACAUAUGUGGAGUCAGAUGUUGGUUUCCACAUCUGGAUUUUUGAAAUCCAUUUCGAAUGUCUCUGGCAAAGACAUCCAGCCUUUAAUAAAGCAGUGGGUGGACCAGAGUGGAGUGGUAAAAUUUUAUGGAAGUUUUGCAUUUAAUAGAAAACGAAAUGUCUUAGAAUUGGAAAUAAAACAAGAUUAUACAUCUCCAGGAACUCAGAAAUAUGUGGGACCACUUAAAGUGACAGUGCAAGAGUUAGAUGGAUCCUUCAAUCAUACAUUGCAAAUUGAAGAAAACAGCCUUAAACAUGAUAUACCCUGCCAUUCCAAAAGCAGAAGGAAUAAAAAGAAAAAAAUCCCACUGAUGAACGGAGAAGAAGUUGAUAUGGAUCUUUCCGCAAUGGAUGCUGAUUCUCCUUUGCUGUGGAUAAGGAUAGACCCAGAUAUGUCAGUAUUGAGGAAGGUAGAAUUUGAGCAAGCUGAUUUUAUGUGGCAAUAUCAGCUCCGCUAUGAGAGGGAUGUUGUUGCACAGCAGGAAUCCAUUUUGGCCUUGGAAAAAUUUCCCACUCCGGCAUCUCGGCUUGCACUCACAGACAUUUUAGAACAAGAGCAGUGUUUCUACCGAGUAAGAAUGUCAGCUUGCUUCUGCCUUGCAAAGAUUGCAAAUUCUAUGGUGAGCACAUGGACAGGACCACCAGCCAUGAAAUCACUCUUUACUAGAAUGUUUUGUUGUAAAACUUGUCCAAACAUUGUGAAAACAAACAACUUUAUGAGCUUUCAGAGUUACUUUCUACAGAAGACUAUGCCAGUUGCAAUGGCUUUAUUAAGAGAUGUUCAUAACCUCUGUCCCAAAGAAGUAUUAACAUUUAUUUUAGAUUUAAUCAAGUAUAAUGACAACAGGAAAAAUAAGUUUUCAGAUAACUAUUAUCGUGCAGAAAUGAUUGAUGCCCUGGCCAACUCUGUUACACCUGCCGUCAGUGUGAAUAAUGAAGUUAGAACUUUGGAUAAUUUAAAUCCUGAUGUGCGACUUAUUCUUGAAGAAAUCACCAGGUUUUUGAAUAUGGAAAAACUUCUUCCAAGUUAUAGACAUACCAUCACUGUUAGUUGUUUGAGAGCUAUUCGGGUGCUUCAGAAGAAUGGGCAUGUACCAAGUGAUCCAGCUCUUUUUAAAUCUUAUGCUGAAUAUGGCCACUUUGUGGACAUUAGGAUAGCAGCUUUGGAAGCAGUCGUUGAUUAUACUAAAGUGGACAGGAGUUAUGAAGAACUGCAAUGGCUACUUAAUAUGAUUCAGAAUGACCCUGUGCCCUAUGUAAGGCAUAAGAUUCUAAACAUGUUGACUAAGAACCCACCAUUUACUAAGAACAUGGAGUCUCCCUUAUGCAAUGAAGCCCUGGUAGAUCAACUCUGGAAACUUAUGAAUUCUGGUACUUCACAUGACUGGAGGUUACGGUGUGGUGCUGUGGACUUGUACUUCACACUUUUUGGCCUUAGUAGACCUUCAUGUUUACCCUUGCCAGAACUUGGGUUGGUUCUUAAUCUAAAGGAGAAAAAAGCUGUCUUGAAUCCUACCAUAAUUCCAGAGGCCGUAGCAGGCAACCAAGAAGCUGUGAAUAAUCCAAGCAGUCACACACAGCUAGUUGGAUUUCAGAACCCUUUCUCAAAUUCUCAAGAUGAGGAGGAGAUUGAUAUGGAUACCGUUCAUGAUAGCCAGGCCUUCAUUUCCCAUCAUUUGAACAUGCUUGAAAGGCCGUCAACUCCAGGGCUCUCUAAGUUUCGGCCGGCCAGCUCCCGAUCUGCCUUAAUACCCCAACAUUCAUCAGGCUCUGACAGCACACCCGCCACAAAACCCCAGUGGAGUAUGGAACUUGCACGGAAAGCAGCAGGUAAAGAACAAUCACCUUUGGAGAUGAGUAUGCACCCAGUGGCAGCCGCUCCACUCUCAGUGUUUACUAAGGAAUCUACGUCCUCCAAACAUAGUGACCACCAUCACCAUCAUCACCACGAACACAAGAAAAAGAAGAAGAAGCACAAGCAUAAGCAUAAACACAAACAUAAGCAUGACAGUAAAGAAAAGGACAAGGAGCCUUUCACUUUCUCCAGCCCUGCCAGUGGCAGGUCUAUACGUUCCCCGUCCCUUUCAGACUGAGAAGGGAACAAAGAGACCUUUCCCUCUGUGUCCAGAAGAAUGUAUGUGACUAAAGCUUUGUCCUCUCUAAGAGUGAUAGAAAGGGGGGUUGGUGAGGUGGAGAUUUGCUUCUCUUUUAGACAUUCAGAAUCCAUUUAAGUCAUAUACAUUUGACUUACAUUAUUUAUACAAAUGAGACCUAAUUAGGAAAA